AUGCCAUACUCAUCUAUGUUGAUGGAUUCAACUAAUGAAGAUGGAUCACACCAAAUUAGUAAUAACGAGCAAACAAAUAUGAUGGUUCAUAAUCAAAUACCUACAAUAACGACAACAAAUGCAGAUGAUAUAAAUAGUCAUCAUCAAAAUAAUAAUAAUACAAUACAACAACAGCAACUGAAUAAUAAUAAUAAUAAUAAUAAUAAUAAUAAUAACGUUGUACAUCAGUUGCAACCCCCACAUCCUAAUAUGAGAGGCCCUAUUAUCGAAAUUGCUACUUAUGCAGAGACGGAUGUCUUUGAAUGUUACGUACGUGGAGUAGAAUCACAUAUUGUAAUGAGAAAAGUUAAAGAUGAUUGGAUCAAUUUAACACAGAUGUUUAAAAUUGGGAAUUUUUCUAAAAAUCAAAGAACAAAAAUCUUAGAGAAAGAAUCAAGUAAAAUCCAACAUGAAAAGGUUCAAGGUGGUUAUGGUAGAUUCCAAGGUACUUGGGUACCUUUGGAUGAUGCAAGAGUGAUAGUUGAAAAAUAUAAUAUUAAUGACCCUGUUGUAAAUACUAUUGUUAAUUUCAUACCUGAUCCAAAUAAUUUACCACCAAAGAGAACUAAAAACAGUAUCUUAAGGAAAACGUCACCUGGUAAAAAAAUUGCAUCACCAUCAAGUUAUAAGACUACCCCAAAGAGAAAAUCACAAUAUGAACCGAGCUCACAAUUCUUAAGUAGUAAUGGGGGUACAAAUUCGACAAAUAACAACACAACUUCAUCGACUUAUAAAAAAUUGAAAAAACAAAAUAAGAAUCAUAACCUUAUUGGAACAAAUCCAAGCCCUUUACAAAGUAUUGCAUUCCAAACUCCACAACAAUCAUAUUUAUCAGGACAUUCUGCAAAUACAAUUAAUGGAGGUAAUUUCGCAAAUACAGGGAACUCUGCAUUGAUGGGAACAAAUUCAUUUGGUGUGACUGUAAGUGGAAACUCCACAAUAUCUCACUUAAGUUCCAACGAAACCCCACAAACGAAUGGAUAUUCAGCUUCUCAAAAACCGUUGCAAUUUUAUCCAGUUCCAACAUCGUUACGUCAAAAUAAUAAUACUAGCAAUAAUAGUAAUUCGGAAUACGAUCCACAACCACAGAAUUACCAAAAUCAUUCAGGGACCACUGGAAAAAAACUACACCAGACGUUCUUAACUUUUGUUCCAGAUGGUCCUCAUACAAAUCCAGACAAUAAUGAUUAUAGCAUGCAACAAUAUAAACAUACACCAAACGAUGGGAGUCAAAUAUCUAAAUAUGAGAUGAGUAAUGACAAUAACCAAAAUGAUAUUGAACAAACACAACAUUUUCACAAUGGAAUGAUGAAUACGAAUCCUGUGCCUCAACCACCGCCUUCUUUGAAUGCAGAAGAUUACAAAAAUUUAAUAUUACAAACAUUAUCGUCUGAAGUAAAUGCUAACGACGAAUCAUAUUCAUUACCUGUGGAACUUUUUUAUCCACCUCCUAAUUUCGAUAUUGAUUUUUUAGUGGAUGAUCAAGGUCAUACAUCUUUACAUUGGGCUGCUGCCAUGGCAAAUAUUCCAUUGAUACAAUUAUUAUUAAACUCCAAUGCUAAUGCUCUACAGUGUAACUCAAAGGGGUUUAAUGCAGUAACAAAGGCAUUAUUCUACAAUAAUAAUUAUAAAAAUAACUCAUUUCAUAAUUUGUUAUCAACAUUAAAAAUUUGUCUAAUAUCUCCCGAUCAAAAUGGCAGAUUACCCUUGCAUUAUUUGAUAGAGCUAAGUGUAAACAAAUCAAAGGACCCUGCCAUCAUAAAUUCUUAUACAGAGACUUUAUUACAAAUUUUGAGUAAUGAAAAUUAUUCUUUAUUAGAAAUGACACUUAAUUGUCAAGAUCGUAUUGGUAACACUCCAUUACAUUUAUCUGCGUUGAACUUAAACAUAUCAUUGUUUAAUAAACUGUGUCUAUUGGGUGCAUCAACGAGCAUCUUAAACAUUGAUAAACAUUCCCCCGUAGAUAUAUUAUCAAGCUUUAAUCUAAUAAUCCCAUCCCAUCCUAAACCUAACAAUAAAUCUGACGUUCCUGAAGAUGAACAACAAGAAGUCUUGAAAUCACCUAAUGUAAAAAAAUCCAAAAAGAAAGCAGGAAAGAAAAAAGUUAAUAACAAUAAGAAACAACCUACAAAAAAUGAAGGUUUUAGUCAUGAAAACUUGCUGAACGCCUCUAUGGUAGAUUUAAAACCUCAUUUGAACGAGGAUCCAACUAGUUCUUCUUUGAACAUGAUAAGUGUGGAGGAUAUUUCUUCUGUAGAUAUUUUCGCAAACCCAUCAAUUCCUAUAUCGUCUACUAUUACUAAAAAUUAUAACAAACAAAAUAUUCUAAGCCCACAAGGUGUUAUGACUCCAAGCAAAAUACCUAAUAUGAAUUCUCCAUUCCGAGUUGAGCACGAAGGUUCAUUAUCAAAUGGUACUAAUGAGGAUAUAACAAAUAAUAAUGGUACUAUUAAGAAGCAUAAUCAGCUUAAAAAAUCAACAUUUUUGGCGUCACCUCAUUUUGCGUCUUUGAACGAGAAUUCAAGACACUUUGCUAACCUUGUAUCUGAGGAUGCUAUCUCACGUGAAACACAAUCUAAACUAAAUGAAAUGGCCAAUCUAACAGGGGUAAGAAAGAUGGUCUAUGAUUUGAAUAAGAUGAUAAACGUAAUGACAAAUAAUAUUGAAGAAAAGUUGGGUACUGUAGUUAACGAUACAAAUAGUGUAAAACAAGAAUUAGAGGCUGUAAAUGACAGAUUUAACUCUAUAAACCGCCAAUCUAAAGAAAUAUAUCUUUCAAUGAAUGUAGAAAGUAAAGAUAAAGCAGAAAACAUUCUUGAAGGACAUGUUUCAAAUAAUAAACAAUAUCAAAAUCAAUUAGAAAAAGCCAUGGAACGUAGCCAAGCCCUAAAGUUGGCUAAAAUAAUGCAUGAGGAAGAGCAAGUAAAAGAAGAAGAAGAAGAAGAGGAAGAAAAAGAAAAAAAAGAGAUAACUGCUUCUGGAGAUGAACUGGAACAGUUGAAGUUGGCGACAUUGUUAUCUUUGUUACAAUUACAACGUCAAUCAAAGAUGAACAAGAUUCAAGAAGUGACAAAUUCUUUAUCCACAAGUAAUAAGAUUAGGAAAUAUGGAAAAUUGAUGGGUAUGGGAUUUGAAGAUUUGGAAACUAAAUUAUAUCAAAUUGAAAGAGACCUUGAAAUUGAGGUAUAA